AUGGGUCUCCAGCGGAAGCCGUUUUGGGCGCAACAGGGAUGCAGAGAGGGGAAGGGAGAUGGCAAAAUUGCGGAGGGAUGCGGCGGCCGCUUCACUGUGGGCGAGGCAAAUCGAGCUCCGUUUGGGACUCCCGCGGUGGGACGGAAGGGGCGCUGGCGGUCGCGUGCAGAGGGGAGGCGGGCGGCCUCGGUGGUUGGCGCAAGUGAACGUGGGCAGAGCUACUCCAUGAAGGAAGAUCUACUGCUUGUAGCAUCAUGGCUAAACAUGAGCAUGGACCCCGUGGUGGGCUCGAACCAAAGUUUAGGUGCUUUUUGGCAGAGGAUCGAGUCGUACUUCCACGAUAACAAAGACUUUCCUUCAACAUGCAAUAAGAAGUCGUUGCAGGGGAGGUGGACAUUCAUCAACGGUAUGGUCCAGAAGUUCUGCGGUCACUACGCUCGGGCCAUGCAUGCUAGACGGAGCGGUACCACGGAGGGGGAGAUGAUUGUCGAGGCAUGCAAAAUGUUUCAGGCCGUGGAGCACAAGGAGUUCACGUUGCUUCCAUGUUGGCGUGGAUUGAGGCACCAUCUGAAGUGGCUGUCUGAGAUGUCGCGGAAGAAGCAGAAGACGUCCGGCAGAGGUGAAGCUGGCAGCCCUUCGUCCACUCAGAACGUGCAAUCCUCAUCAGUUGUAGGUGCACCGGAGCCACCAGAUGCCACGGGCAGAGCUAGACGUCCAGCUGGGAGGACCCGGUCCAAAGAAGUUGCACGAGCUUCAACCUCGUCGAACUCUGCUUCGGCCCUAAUGAAGGAUAUUUUUGACCAGCAAUUCUCUUUGAAAGAAAAAAUCGAGAAGGAUAGGGCGGAGAGGUUCGCAAAGAUGAUGAAUGUAGAGUGGCAGUGCCUUCGGCUGGAGGAGGAGCACAUGCAACUAGAGAAGGUAAAGGAGGAGAUGAGGAUAAUGAACAUGGAUCUUUCGCAAAUGGAUGGUGAGCAAAAAGAGUACUACAGAAGUCUCUGCCAGAGUAUUAUUGCAGCUAGGCACGUCUCCUCUGGUACUUCAUUUUGA